AGCUUACAACAAUAACGACUGCUUCUCGCUAUUGAGCAAUGCCGCUGUCAAUACUUUACAUGCUCUGAUUGAUCCCAUUCAAACCAAAAAUAGCUCUUCUAUUCUUGCGUCGCGGCGUUUGCUGUUAUGCCUACAUCGGAACUCAUAGCGCAUAUCUGCUUCCGAAGCUCUAUCGGGAUUGCGUGGUCAGAUUCAACUACAACGCUGAGCUGAACAACAAUAGUCACAUUUUUCUGGAGGCUGGGACAUAUACUUCUCAACAAUGAGGAUCCGUUUCUAUUUUCUCGGCGCAUUUGUGCUACUCCUCCUCUUUUCUGCUUAUAUGGGACUUCUACCACAUAGCACAUCAAACACUAUACCGACGAAUCUACAACCCAACGAUAAAUUCCUACACUUCAUAACUUUCUUCCUACUAUCUCUCGUCUUCUACUGGAUACCCGACACAUCUCGCCGAAGAGCGAUACAGGCCAGUUUACUAGUCUGCACACUUUGUCUGGGAAUCGGAUCCGAAAUAGUCCAAGGUCUUCUUCCCAACGACCGACUCUUUGACCCCUUCGAUAUCCUUGCCAAUGUAGUCGGCAGUGUUGGAGCUAUUGGUCUCUGCGGUUGGUACCAUCGGCGCAUGUUGGAGAGACGACGUCAAGCACGCUUCGGAGCCUUGUCGGACGACAUUGGCGGAGAGCCUCGCGGCGACGAUAUUGAACUGGGACUCGGCGCUUCGGAGAGUCACCGUCUGAAUCAUGAAGAUAUGGGACCUCAAGAAACCGGCGUCGUUACGAAUUUAGAGCGUGAAAUCGAUAAUUGGGACGAGAACGCUGUCGAUAACUGGGAUACCGAAGAUGGGCCCGAUCCUGAUGAAGAGAGUGGUAAUGCUAAAAUGAGGAAUGAUUAGUACAAAUGGAUCAUGAUAGUGAAUGCGGCAACGGGAACGAAUUUUUUCUUAAUAUGUUUGAUUUAUCAUAUUUCUCUACUCUAUACACUAUGGGUUGGUUGUUUGAGGUUUAUACCGAGCAUCCUUCAUGUUGUAAGCUUGACAUUUACGAUGAGCACAUUCCAUCGACCUAGGUAUCACGAAUGUCUAUAUUGCCUACAGGCUCCCACACCUAAGCACCG